UCCAAAAGACUUUGCUUUUCACAGAGAGCUAUAAGGCUCCUCUUGGUGACAAGCUCUUGGAGAAACACCGCAGAAAUACGAUGGAGGCCAAAGAGGAGAGCUUCCUUAAACAAAGGCAAGUCUUGCUUCUCUUUGUUUUUCUAGGUGGGUCUCUGGCUGGAUCCGGGUCUAGGCGCUAUUCUGUGGCUGAGGAAAAAGAGAGGGGCUGCUUAAUAGCCAAUUUAGCAAGGGAUCUGGGGCUCAGUGUAGAAGAGCUGGCUGAAAGGAGAGCUCAGGCUAUUUCCAAAGGGAACAUACAGUAUUUUCAGCUCAGUCAUCAGACUGGAGAUUUGCUCUUGGUUGAGAAAUUGGACCGGGAGGAGCUGUGCGGUUCCACAGAGCCCUGUGUGCUGCAUUUUCAGAUACUGCUGCAUAACCCUUUGCAGUUUAUUACAAAUGAAGUUGAGGUCGUAGAUGUAAAUGACCACGCCCCGGAGUUCUUUGAAAACGCAAUGCAACUGAAAGUCCUGGAAAGCUCCCCACCCGGGACAGUCAUUUCUUUGGGAAAUGCUGUGGACUUGGAUGUGGGAAGAAACGGACUCCAGAACUACACAGUCUCUCCCAAUUCCCAUUUUCAUGUUCGCACCCACCGCCGUAGGGAUGGAAGGAAGUAUCCAGAACUAGUGCUAGACCGAGCUCUGGACCGGGAGGAGCAGCCAGAGCUCAGUUUAACUCUCACAGCCCUGGAUGGAGGAUCCCCACCUCGGUCUGGCACGGCCCAGGUCCACAUCCUGGUCCUAGACAUAAACGAUAACGCUCCAGAAUUUACACAGUCACUCUACGAGGUUCACAUUCUAGAGAAAAGCCCCAUUGGCUCUGUCAUUAUCACGCUCUCAGCUUCUGACUUAGAUACGGGAACGUUUGGCGCGAUAUCGUAUGUAUUUUUUCAUGCUUCUGAAGAAAUUCUCAAAACAUUUGAACUAAAUCCUAGUACUGGUGACAUACAACUAGUUAAGGGUUUAGAUUAUGAAACAAUUAAUACUUACGAGGUUGACAUAGAGGCAAAGGAUGGAGGAGGCCUUUCAGGAAAAUGCACAGUCAUAGUUCAGGUGGUUGAUGUGAAUGACAACCCACCUCAACUGGCUUUAUCAUCAGUUAACAGUCUUGUCCCUGAGAAUUCGGCAGAGACUGUGGUGGCUGUUUUCAGUGUUUCCGAUUUAGACUCUGGAGAUAACGGAAGAGUGACAUGUUCCAUCCAGAACGAUCUCCCGUUCAUCCUAAAACCAUCUGUAGAGAAUUUUUAUACUAUAGGGUCUCAAGGAGCGCUGGACAGAGAGAGCAGAGCCGAGUACAACAUCACCAUCACAAUCUCAGACCUGGGCACACCCAGGCUCACAACCCAGCACACCAUAACAGUGCAGGUGUCUGACAUCAACGACAAUGCCCCUGCCUUCACCCAACCCUCCUACACCCUGUUUGUCCGCGAGAACAACAGCCCCGCCCUGCACAUAGGCACCAUCAGCGCCACAGACUCAGACUCUGGCUCCAAUGCCCACAUCACCUACUCGCUGCUGCCAUCCCACGACCAGCAACUGACCCUAACCUCGCUCAUCUCCAUCAAUGCUGAUAAUGGGCAACUGUUCGCGCUCAGGGUUCUGGACUAUGAGGCCCUGCAGGCCUUCGAGUUCCGCGUGGGCGCCACAGACGGAGGCUCGCCCACGCUCAGCAGCCAGACACUGGUGCACGUGCUGGUCCUGGAUGACAAUGACAAUGAGCCCUUCUUUCUGUACCCGCUGCAGAACGCCUCUGCGCCCUGCACUGAGCUGCUACCUAGGGCGGCGGAGCCUGGCUAUCUGGUCACCAAGGUGGUGGCUGUGGACCGUGACUCUGGCCAGAAUGCCUGGCUGUCUUUCCAGCUGCUCAAGGCCACGGAGCCGGGGCUGUUCAGUGUGUGGGCUCACAAUGGCGAAGUGCGUACCACAAGGCUGCUGAGCGAGCGCGAUGCAACCAAGCACAGGCUGCUGCUGCUGGUCAAGGACAAUGGCGAGCCCCAGCGCUCUGCCAGCGUCACUCUGCAUGUGCUGGUGGUGGAUGGCUUCUCCCAGCCCUACCUGCCUCUGCCAGAGGUGGUGCCCGACCCUACACAGGAUGAAGAUGCGCUCACGCUGUACCUGGUCAUUGCCUUGGCUUCUGUGUCUUCUCUCUUCCUCUUGUCUGUGCUGCUGUUCGUCGGGGUGAGGCUGUGCAGGAGAGCCAGGACAACUUCUCUGGGUGUUUGCUCUGUGCCCGGGGGACAUAUUCCUGGCCACCUGGUGGACGUCAGCGGUAUGGGGACCCUGUCCCAGAGCUACCAGUAUGAGGUGUGUCUGACUGGAGACUCUAGGACUGGUGAUUUCAAAUUCCUAAGUCCGGUGAUGCCAAACCUGUUUCUGGAAGAAGCUGAGGGAGACGUUAAGGAAAGUCCCCACUUCAGGAAUAGCGUUGUAGUCAGCUAAGUAUUGUAAAUGGUUCAUCAACUCAAAGUUCAGGUAAACUUCUUAUUGUAUUCUUUUAAGAAGUUGUACUAGCUAAAUGUUUUCUUUACCAGUAAUUCAACCCAUGAUAUCCCAAAUAGCUUUAACUUGUUACUUUUUAUUAACACUAAUUACUUAGGAUUUUGUAGUUGUGGUAUUAUAUACACAUUUUCUCUAUAUUUGGGCAUCUCUAUGUAAUUGUGAGAUUAUUAUAACAGUUAAUGAAACUAAUAUGUUCAUGAUAUUCUGGAACUUUUCAAUGCACUAAAGAAAAAGUUGAGUGUAUUUGUGGAACAUAGCUUUACCAUAUAACUUUGUAGAUUUUCAGGCAUAGUUUGGAAUUCUUUAUGAGUCUUUGGCCUUUUUGAGUUAAGCAACUUGAAUAGCUGUAAAAUUUAGUACACUUCUUUCUCCUAAAUUUAUGUAAACACACACUUCAUUAAAACGUCAGUGCAUGGAAGUUGUGCCAUGUCCUGUUGUGAACACUGUGCAUCCUAAAGAUUGUUAUGUGCAUUUGUCCACAAGCAUGUCAUAAAUACUAAGAUUAACCUUCUAAAGUAAUUAUUAUACAAUAAAAA